GUUUAAAAGGAAAACACUUAAGAUUAUUUUCGUCGACAUUUCUUUUAUUAUUUUAUAUUAUGACAAAAUGCUUUUCUGUAUUUAAGUUUUAAAUAAACAAAAUGGAUUAUAUUUGUGCGUUGCUAAGUUUAUUUCUUAUUUUACCAACAGUCGAUUCCAACAUAUGUCCGACCACAAAUGGUGUCCUUGUCUUUGGAGAAAGAUGUGACUUUAUGUGUCAUUGUAAAAAUAAUGAACAAUGUGGCAGGACUUCCGGUGAAUGCUCGUCUGGCUGUGCUAAAGGCUGGUUUGGACCCGGAUGUCAGUACAGAGAUUUAGCUGCGGCCGGUAAAUUUUCACAAGGUUCUGUACACCUUGCAACUGACGGAAACCCAGAAACUUGUUACGAAACUCAACUGAAAGAUAAGCCGGUCUGGAAGAUUUCGUUUACUUCAAUCGAGACAAUUACAGAAUUACAUAUAGUAACGAAGUCCGACACAUUAGAAUAUUUCGAGAACUUUAAAGUUCUUGUACAAAACAGAUCAUCAAAAAAUGAGAAACAGGAAUGUUACAAACAUGCAGGAAUAGCUCCGAAAAGCAAACAAUUUACUGUGAAUUGCUACAAUCGUUUAGUUGGAGACCAAGUUACAAUUAAGUUGAGUAGUUCGCAAACACAGUUAGUCAUCUGCGACGUUAAAAUAAAUGGGACAGAUAUGAGGAAAUUCACUAACAUUAGGUUCAAGCAAGUCAAAGAUAUAAAAGCAACUUAA